UUUACCUUCUGCGGACUAAGUAGAGCAGUCACUGAAGAUGAAGAGCUUUAUCUCUUUUGCAUUUUUCCUAAUUAUUUGGGAGAACUGGCUCCGAGGCCUGGGCUGCAGUGGGGAACGAGUGCAUGGCACAGGAAAGGCGCCAGGGCCCAAAGCCCCCCAUCUCAUCUUUGUCAUGGUAGAUGACCAAGGUUACGGUGACAUUGGCUACCAUGGCUCCGAUAUCCACACUCCUGCACUGGAUCAGCUGGCAGCGGAUGGGGUGAAACUUGAAAAUUAUUAUGUCCAACCAAUCUGCUCACCCUCUCGCAGCCAACUCAUAACAGGACGCUACCAAAUUCACACCGGCCUCCAGCAUUCAAUCAUCCGGCCACGUCAACCUCUCUGCCUCCCCCCAGACAUCCCCACCCUACCCGAGCGUCUGGCUGAGGUAGGCUAUGCCACCCACAUGGUAGGGAAAUGGCACUUGGGCUUCUGCAGACCCGGCUGCUUACCCACGGGGCGAGGCUUCCAGAGCUUCCUUGGGACGCUGACUGGCAGCGGGGAUCACUUCUCUUACCAGAGCUGGGACGGGGCGGAAGCUUGCGGAUUUGACCUGCAUGAUGGAGACAGGCCAGCGUGGGAGAUGGCUGGCAAUUACUCGACUUUACUUUACAUUGACAGAGUGAAGCAGAUUCUGAGGAGCCAUGACCCCGAAAUACCCCUCUUCCUCUAUCUGUCCCUUCAGGCCGCCCACACACCUUUGCAGGUACCUGACCACUUCCUACACCCAUACAGUUCUCAGUGCAAUCGUGUCAGGCGCCACUAUGCAGCCAUGUUAAGCUGCCUGGAUGAUGGAGUCAGGCAAGUGGUACAAGAGCUGAAGACCAACGGACUUUAUGAAAACUCAGUAAUGAUCUACUCCUCUGAUAAUGGCGGGCAGCCUCUGUCGGGAGGCAGCAACUGGCCACUUAGAGGUGGCAAAGGGACUUAUUGGGAAGGGGGCAUCCGAGCGGUUGGCUUUGUCCAUAGUCCCCUUCUGAAGAGGAAGGGUGUUGUCAGCAAGGCACUGAUACACGUCUCCGACUGGUAUCCCACAUUACUGGCGCUGUCUGGGACCCUACAUUCCCUCCAUGGUCUGGAUGGUCAUGAUGUGUGGGGCACCAUCAGCGAGGGUCUACCAUCUCCUCGCACUGAAAUCCUUUUCAACAUUGACCCAGUCUCCAGGAAACCCGGGGAGCCUUAUGACAAGGCCUUGGUGCUCAACGGCUUUGGCAUCUGGGACACAGCAGUGAGGGCAGCCAUAAGGGCUGGUGAUUGGAAGCUGUUGACUGGAAAUGUGGGUGAUGGUGACUGGACGCCACCGCAAGCCUUCGCAGACGGUCCAGAGAGGUGGCAGAGAUUGGAAAAGCGGCGCAACGAGGUGGGGAAGUCGGUUUGGUUGUUUAACAUCUCCUCUGACCCUUAUGAGAGAUCAGAUAUGGCUAAGGCUCGUCCUGAGAUAGUCAAGCAUCUUCUCACCAGACUGGCAGAAUACAACCAGACUGCUGUGAUGGCAAAAAAUCCUCCUGACGAUCCUUUGGCGGACCCUGAGCUGCAUGGUGGUGUAUGGGGUCCCUGGAUGGGCCUGGAAGGGCAAAGGGGCAAUGAUGGAGAGGGGGGUCUCAGGAAUGAAAGGGUGACAAAAGUGAAGCAGUGCAAGUUAUGCAAAUUAAGAGCCCUCUUUAAAAAGGUGGAGUCACGUCUGCAGAAGACCGCCGUAUUCUUCUGA